AUGGCCUUAUUCAACACAACCGAUCAUUUCAAUAAUACCGCCGGGCCAAGCAAAAAUAUGGCGCUCGCCUUAUCAAACACAACAUGUCAGUGCGGUAAGUCCGCCGGACGAAGAAAAAAAACGGUACUUGCAUCAUCAAGUUCAAAAGAUCAUUCCGAUAAGUCCACCAGUCAAAUCGAAAAGAAGGCGGUCGCUUCAUCAAACAUAACCGACAACUCUGAUAAACCUGUCGGUCCAAGCAAAAAGAAGGCGGUCGCAUCAUCAAACACAACCGACAACUCCGAUAAGUCUGCCGGUCUAACCAAAAAGAAGGCGGUCACUUCAUCAAACGCAACCGACAACUCCGAUAAAUCCGCGGGUCCAAGCAAAAAGAAGGCGGUCGCCUCAUCAAACAUAACCGUCAACUCCGAUGAAUCCGCCGGUCCAAGCAAAAUAAUGACUUUAUCAAACAAAACUGACAAAUCUGAUAAGUUUGCCGGUCUAAGCAAUAGGAAAACGGUCACCUCGCCAAACAUAACAGACUAUUCCAACGAAUCCGACGAAUCAAGCGAUGUAGAAAAUCAAAGAAAAGAUUUUACAUUACAAUCGAAUAAAAGGAUGCCAACCCCAGUCACCGCGCCUGGUGGUUCAAGUAAAAAGAUUGCACUUGACUCAUCAAACGCAACAGACGUUUCAGAAGAAUCAAGUGACAAUGAGAAUCAAACAAAUGAUAAUACGUCACAAUCGAAUGAAAGUUGCCCAAGUCCCCCCAGUCACCGCGCUAGUAAGGCUAGAGGAGGAAGGAGACCACGAUCUUAGUUCUAUCAGCACAUUCAUUAACCGAGAAACGGUCGCCGGCUUAUCUGGACAGGCCGGCUAAGAUGUGUCUAGACCAACCGAAAGUUACAGAUAUUAUAAUAGCAGAAAGAGAAAGAAGUGAAAAAGUGUUGAAACACUUAACGCCUAAUCAGAAAAUUUUAUCGUGAAAAACUUAAAUUAAAGUACAAUGUCAAUAAAAAGCAAAUUAAGAUAUUAUUAACUUA